GCUGCAGCGCAGCCCUGCCCUGCCCGGGGCCGGGGCCUGGCCCUGGCCCGGUCCCCGCGCCCGCCCCGCAGCACCCCCGGGCCGCCAGCUGGCCGGGAGACUCCUGCAGACAAGGGCAGGGAGCAGCCGGGGCGGGGUUUCCCCUCCUGCUAGUCGAUUCCGUUCAAGCUCGGGCAGCCCAAGAAACAGAUUGUACCCAAGACGGUGGAGAGAGACUUUGAAAGGGAAUAUGGGAAACUACAACAGUUGGAAGAUCAAACCAAGAAACUCCAGAAGGACAUGAAGAAAAGCACAGAUGCAGAUGUGGCCAUGUCCAAAUCUGCUGUAAAAAUCUCUUCUGACCUGCUGUCCAACCCGCUCUGUGAGCAAGAUCCCAAAUUCCUGGAGAUGGUGAUGGCCUUGGACACUGCUAUGAAGAGAAUGGAUUCCUUCAACCAAGAGAAGGUGAACCAGAUUCAGAAGACAGUCAUAGAGCCCUUGAAAAAGUUCAGCAGUGUGUUUCCCAGCCUGAAUAUGGCCGUGAAGAAGCGUGAGCAAACCCUGCAGGACUACAAGCGGCUGCAGUCCAAGGUGGAGAAAUAUGAAGAGAAGGAAAAGACUGGCCCUGUUCUGGCCAAGCUGCACCAGGCCCGUGAAGAGCUGAGGCCGGUGAAGGAGGACUUUGAGGCGAAGAACAAGCAGCUUCUGGAGGAGAUGCCCAAGUUCUACAGCAGCCGAAUUGACUACUUCAAGCCUAGCUUUGAAUCCCUGAUCCGGGCUCAGGUUGUGUACUACACAGAGAUGCACAAGAUCUUCGGGGACCUGACAGAGCAGAUUGCCGAGCCGGGCCUCACGGACGAGCAGAGGGAGAAGGAGAACGAGGCGAAGCUGAGUGAGCUGCGGGCCCUCUCCAUUGUGGCCGAUGACUGAUGCCCUCAGCAGGCUGCCUCCUGGAGCACCAUGGGGUGGCAGACGGUGAGAGUCCACUGCUGCUUGGGCACAGCCAAGCAGACUUCCUGACUGCUCCUGGGAGAGUGACCGACUGACUCUGGGCUUUAACCUCUUGUGUACAAGUGACUCUGUCCUGUGCAGCUGCAGCCACUCAGUGGCUCCACACAGCAUGCGAGACGAGGUACAACUUCGCAGCAGUGUGAAGUGGGCUUUGGGGUGGGGGGGAAGAGUUUAAGCCUGCUCCUGACUUGAAAGGGACUGUAGCUAACCCCUAGUUGCAGCACAGACAUGGAGGGAGCCGCUCCUUGGUGCUGAGAUGGGCACUUCCAUGGGCAGUUUUGCAUGCCCUGUGUUCUGCUGCUCUUCACUGGACUAGUUCUCUAAAAGGGGCCUCUAAUGUGUAGUUGGGGGUUUGGAAAGGAGGGAGGUCAGGGCUGGGGCAGAAGUGAAACCCAUCAGCAGGCUCAGCCACUGCCUGACUGUGAAAGGAUCCCAAAGCGUUCUUGAGCCCAGCUCAGGUACAGCAGCAGGAAGGGUGGGAAAUGUGGCUGCAUGGUAGGGAGGUCACUUGCAGCCCCAUUUUCACCUUUGCCCACAGAGGAGCUUAAGGCUUCCAGCGCUCUAAUGAGCCUUUUCCCUUGGUAGCUCCAAGUGCCUGUUCCCUGCACUGCUAAUUUUAGUGAAUGCCCUACAUCUUGGGCGGCCUGUGGUGUCUCCCGUACCAUUCUGAGGGGGAGGCUGGUUGCAUUUCCACUCUCCCGGGAGCUAGUGUCAUGCACACUUGCCCUCCUGUGGCACAUGAUGGCAGGGAUAAUAGCAUGCCUGGGAUUGUAAGCUGUGGAAAAAGAGCCAUUUUAAAAGACUGAGCUAACUGCAAUCUUUCACUGAUAAUCCUGGUAUUGGGAGAGUGAGUUAGCUCCAUCUAUGCAUCUGUCUCAGAUUCAUCAUGUGAUCUUCAGAGAAACGCACGCAAGUUUGUCAUUUCCUGUGUUGGCCUCUGUGCUACAUUUUAGGCUGGCACUGCUUAAAAGCUCUAUCGGUCUGGUUGUAUAAGUCUCUGGUGAAUCCUUCCCAAUGCAAAGCUUUUAAGCUGCUACCAGUGACAAUUGUUUUUUGUGGGAGGAGUGGUCUUCUGGAAUGCCCCCUGGAUGGGACACGUCUGGUGAGGGGCUACAGCUGCAUGUUCUAGUAACACUGCAAAUGAGGCUUUUUUAAUAAAAGGUUUAACCCAA